CCAUAGGCAAGCAGCCGGCAAUUAAAUAAAUGUAAACAAUUCGUGCUCUUCAAAAAUGUCGACAGAAAGUCAUGAAAUAAAUCAUUUACGACGUUUUCUAAAGGAACGAUUGCAAAGAGAUUAUACCACAUUUCGAGGACAUGAAAAUGAGCGGAACAACAUACGCACAUUACUGCAACGUACUGCAGAAUAUGGCGAGUCUAACUCGAUGUUACUAAUUGGUCCAGAAGGAUCAGGCAAAACUACACUUGUUAAUGCUGUUAUAACAGAUUUGUUGUCGAAUAAAGAUUUUUUAACAAAUACACUUAUUGUUGUGUUGGAUGGUGGCAUACAUACGGAUGAUCGUCUGGCACUGAAAUCAGCAACGACACAAAUGAAAUUAGAAAAUGCAGUUGAUGGAAAAGUUUUUGGCUCCUUUGCAGAAAAUUUAGCCUUUCUAUUAGCAUCACUUAAAUCUGGCAAUAAAUCGUCGAAAAGUGUAAUAUUUAUAUUGGAGCAGUUCGAUUUGUUUUGUACCCACCACAAUCAAACGCUUUUAUAUAAUUUAUUUGAUGUUUCACAAUCGGCACAGGCGCCCAUUUGUGUGUUGGGCAUAACACGACGUUUAGACGUUGUCGAGUUAUUAGAAAAACGUGUAAAAUCGCGUUUUUCACAUAGACAGAUUUUUUUAUAUCCUGAAGCUGAUAAAUUUGAAGAGUACGUUACAGUAUUCCAAGAGCUUUUAAGCAUACCAAGUGAGUCAGAGAUAAUUGAGUACAAAGCGCGAGUUAAAAAUUUAGAGCUACUUGAAUCAGAUGAAAUCACUUUUCAAUACAAUCACUUUAAUCCUGCUUUGUAUAAGUUUAGUUCAAAAUUUACUAGAAAAUGGAAUACACAAAUCAGUAAAUUAAUCUGCGAUAAUAACGUUGUGCAGUUGUUACAAAGAUUGUUUGAUUAUGACGUUACAGAGGCUUUUCUAAAAAAUUACAUUUUUAGACUUGUAAUGCAGCUGGAUGUGGAUACGCAUCCACAGCUCACGGUGGAACAAGUAAAAGACUUGGUGACGUUGUAUGAAUUGGAUCACAAAGUUGAAAUGCUUUUGGGAUUGAAUGUGCUGGAAUUGUGUCUCAUUAUAGCAAUUAAACAUCAUUCAGAAAUAUAUGAUCGUGAUCCGUUCAAUUUCGAAAUAAUUUUUCAAAGAUUUUCAAAAUUCGCUAAGGUAUCAUCAACAAUGCAAGGCAUUGAACGUGGUGUCAUUUUGAAGUCAUUUGAAUAUCUACGGAAUAUUGAGUUAAUCUUACCAGUUACGGGCUCUAACAGCAAUAAAGUGGUCAAAGAAACUGAAAUGCAUCAGGUUGCACUUACAUAUGGACAAAUAAAUCAAGCGGUACAAAAAUAUCAAGCGCUGCCAACAGAAGUUUCGCAAUGGGCGCAAAGUUCUUUAAUUUAGUUUUUA